AUGUUGUAUUUUCUAUUUCUGCUGUUGGCAGUUCGCGCUGAAGACGUGGCUUUCAUCCCGUUGUCGCGCGAAUUUCUGGAUAUUCUUCGUAAUGAAACAUAUUAUAACAAGUAUGCUACACCAACCCAAUAUGAUGGAAUUCCAACGAAUGUCUCCUUAUCCAUGUUCAUCGAAGGUAUGUCAUCCUUCAGUGCUCAAACUAUGGAUUAUCAUUUGGAUAUGUAUUUUCAACAGGAAUGGAUGGAUCAUCGCCUAAAGCAUAAUCACUCUGCUCCAAUAUUGGUGAAGGACAAGAAAGUGUUUAGCAUGAUGUGGCAUCCAGACGUUUAUUUCGCUAAUGCUCGUUCGGCAUCAUUUCAAGAAAUCACGGAUGAUAAUUUUCUAGUAUGGGUAUAUCCAGAUGGACGGGUUUGGUAUGAUGCCAGAAUUUCAUUG